AUUUCACUCUUUUGACAUAAAAUAAGAAAACGAAUAAUGCACUUGGUCCCAAAAAAUAACAUAGGCCCAAAAAACCCAAGCCCUAGCAGUUAUCAGCUAUAUAUUGUGAAGUUUCAUCUCAGACUCAUUCGUUGCAGAGAACAAAUCGCGCCGUCGCAAUGGGAAGAAGACCUGCAAGGUGUUACCGUCAAAUUAAAAACAAGCCAUACCCUAAGUCACGAUUCUGUCGUGGUGUUCCUGAUCCCAAGAUCAGGAUCUACGAUGUUGGCAUGAAGAAGAAGGGUGUCGACGAGUUUCCUUUCUGUGUCCAUCUUGUCAGCUGGGAGAAGGAGAAUGUUUCAAGUGAGGCUCUUGAAGCUGCUCGUAUUGCUUGCAACAAGUACAUGACAAAGUUUGCUGGAAAGGAUGCUUUCCACUUGAGAGUCAGGGUUCACCCAUUCCAUGUUCUUAGGAUUAACAAGAUGCUUUCCUGUGCUGGAGCUGAUAGGCUUCAGACUGGUAUGCGAGGUGCUUUUGGAAAGCCACAGGGUGUUUGUGCUAGGGUGGCUAUUGGACAGGUGCUUCUCUCUGUUCGCUGCAAGGAUAGCAACGGCCAAAAUGCUCAGGAGGCUCUUCGUCGUGCUAAGUUUAAGUUCCCUGGUCGUCAAAAGAUCAUUGUCAGUAGGAAGUGGGGAUUCACCAAGAUUGAUCGAAAUGAUUAUUUGAAGUUGAAGUCAGAGAACAGGAUUCUGAAUGAUGGUGUCAAUGCUAAGCUUCUUGGGUGCCAUGGACCUUUGGCUAACCGUCAACCUGGAAGAGCCUUUAUUAAUGCUAGCUGCAACGCUUAGAUGCUUUUCUCUAAUUUGUAAAUAUUAGAGUUUGGAUAAUUUUGGUUUUGCAAGAACAAGUUUGAAUUUUGUUGUUUUGUCUGCAUUUUAUUAUAUUGUUGAACUUAGAUAUAUUUAUAUCUGUUUUGAAGACAAUCUGAAUUGGUGUUAAAUGUU